AUGGCGUACCUUGAACCCGUCCUCCGCUCCCUUUCAUCUAGCCGUGGGCGCGUGAGCCGCCUAACUUCAAUUUCUCGUGCCUUUUCGUCGCCUCAGAAUGCUGUCUAUGGCUCUCGGUGCAUUGUGACAUCCCCUCGCCUGGGCUUGAAUCUUUACAAACCUCAAACACGGUUAAUCAAUACAGGAGGACUGACAAAUCUUUUCGAUACGUCGAAUAUUGGUGGAAUUCAAGUCAGAAAUGUCACAGAACAUGAUGGAAUAGAGCUUGAAGACGGGUUGACCAUGAAGUCGAGUUGUAUCCUCAUUGGCGGACGAGUGUUUCUAUGGAAAACUCCAGAGAGUUCCCUUUCGAGUGGCGAAUGGACAAAGGACGACUUUGAAAUCUUUGAUGUCCUCCUGCCAAAGCCGGAAAUACUAGUGUUUGGGACAGGAAAGUCUUUGAUGCUGCCUCCUGUGUCUGUUCGAGAGUAUUUGAGAGAGAUUGGCGUCCAGGCCGAGUAUAUGGACACAAGCAUGAGCUCGCGGCGUCGCGGUGCUGAACGAAAGUCCCGAAAAGCUGCUCGUCAGCGGAGUGUGUCGCCUGUGGCAUCGACUGACUCCGAAAACGAGCUGGAUAACGACGACAAGGUGUACGCACCAACGUCGCCCGCCGAAUGGUCUCACCAAAGACUGAGUAUACACUCUCCACGACUUGGAUAUGAAUCUCCCACCACUGGGAACGCAGCGCUCCGAUAUCCAGCAGAAUGGCACCAGUCGCCAAUCUACGCUCUCCCCGCGGAGCUCCUUAUCCAUAUCCUACGCUCGCUAACAGACACCUUGGACCUCUAUAACUGUCUUUUCGUCUGUAGCAACUGGUGUCAAUGCGCCGUCGAACUCCUCUGGCUCAAGCCGCACCUCGCCACGAAGGAAUCCUUCCUCUCGUUCUUAUCUGUCAUCUCUCCCUCCAACUCACAAUUCCCAUUCGACUCGACGGAGCUCGUCGUCAAUGGCCAGUCCCUUGGCAGGCAGCCAAAAGAGUCCGUUGUCGAACCGCUAUUUCCUUAUGCACGGUUCGUGCGGAGACUGAAUCUCUCUGUGGUUGCAGAUGAAGUCCAUGAUAUGCACUUCAUGCGCCUCUCCGCCUGCAUCCGGCUGGAGAGGCUUACUCUCAAUGGAUGCGUUCAUCUUACAGACUCUUCCCUCGCCAUACUCGCCACUAUGCCACAGAUCAUCGCACUAGACCUUACUGGAGUGGUCGACGUAACUGACCGCACUCUAUUGGGUGUCACGGCGGCGUCUGCCAAGAUACAGGGAAUCAACUUGGAGGGAUGCAAAAAGAUUACAGACGAAGGAGUCCUUGCUAUUGCAGAACACUGUCCUAUGCUCCGGAGAAUCAAGCUUUGCGAGCUGGACAAUAUUACCAAUACGAGCGUUUCAAAGCUCGCCCAGAAAUGUCCCCUCCUGAUUGAAAUAGAUCUCACUGGCUGCAUCAACGUCGGGGAUGCAGCCGUUCGGGACAUUUGGAUGCAUUGCUCUCAUCUUCGGGAGCUGCGACUGGGCCGAUGCAUCAAUCUGGGGGACACUGCAUUCCCAGUCCCUCAGCGAUUAGCGAGUUCAAACAAUCAACCUGAUCAAUCUAAUUAUCGCUUCCAAAACUCGAAUAGUGAUCCUGCUCGCCUGAUUAUGCCGACGUUACCGCCGUUGCUCCUACAAAAACCGCUUACUCACCUUCGGCAACUCGAUCUCAUGUCGCUUCGCAUCACCGACGACGCGGUGGCGGGUAUCGUUUCCAAUGCCCCCAAACUUCGCAAUUUGGUCCUGGCAAAGUGUACAUUUCUUACCGAUGCUGCCGUGCGUAGCAUUAGCGAGCUCGGUAAACAUCUGCAGCUUCUCCACUUGGGUCAUGUGGAGUCCAUCACGGACGCCAGUAUCAUACACCUUGCACAGAGUUGUGUACGUCUGAGAUAUGUAGACCUCGCAUGUUGUACUUCACUCACAAACGCCUCUGUACAUGCCCUAUCUGCACUACCGAAAUUGCGACGCAUUGGCCUGGUCAAGAUCACAAACUUGACCGAUGACGCCGUCGACUACCUCACAGCCAGGGCAUUUACGCUCGAGAGAGUCCAUCUAUCCUACUGCGAAAGAAUAUCCGUCCAGGCGAUUCAUCGACUACUACAAAGCCUCACGAAACUGACACAUCUGAGCUUGACGGAUGUUAAUGCCUUUAAACGAAAGGAUUUGCGGGCAUUCUGCCGUCCAGCACCAUCGAAUUUCAACGAGACGCAGCGCGCACAGUUCUGCGUUUAUUCUGGAAGUGGGAUCGAGAACCUCCGUCAGUAUCUUGCAAAGAAACUCUCCGAUUUCACAAUGUUGCCUGAUGCCGAUGACGAGGCCGACUCUGCAAACCUCGAAGACGACGACGCCGUCCAGGGCUUCUCGGGAGAGGGAACACACCCACCCCCACAACCAAUCGAAAUGGUCAAUCGAAGCGCGUUUGUCGACUAUCCAGACGCUGAUGCGGGAUUGUUUGCAGAGGAUGCCCCGGAGAGACAGUACUCGGGAGCGACGAGGAAAGGGAUACGCCUAGACCACGGCAACGCGGUAUAA